UUCUAAUCUAACGGAACAUAAAAAACAAAGAAACAGAAAGUUUUUCUGAUCACGAUUUCGAAUUGGUAAAGUUUUUGUGUUUGAAGAAGAAUGAAUUGUAAUUUAAAAUUUUGCGAGCUCAAUUUAGGGAUUUAAUCGUUCACAAUCAUGUGGUUUCCCUUCUGGAGAUCCAGAGAUCGAUUCUCCUUGGAAGAACUCAGAUAUUUAACUGAUCAGCUGCAGAAAGUUCAAAUUGUUAAUCAGGUUAACAAGGAUUUUGUUAUCGAGGCUUUGAGAUCAAUUGCGGAGUUGUUAACAUACGGGGACCAGCAUGACUCGGCUUUUUUCGAAUUUUUCAUGGAGAAGCAAGUCAUGGGGGAGUUUGUUCGUAUACUAAAAGUUAGCAGAACUGUGACUGUUUCACUUCAAUUAUUGCAGACAAUGAGCAUUAUGAUCCAGAAUUUAAAGAAUGAACAUGCUAUUUAUUACAUGUUUAGUAAUGAACAUAUCAAUUACUUAAUUACGUAUUCAUUUGACUUCCGCAAUGAAGAGCUGUUGUCAUACUACAUAUCUUUUUUAAGAGCAACAAGUGGAAAGCUAAACAAGAAUACAAUAUCUUUGCUUGUGAAGACUCAAAAUGAGGAAGUAGUUUCUUUUCCACUGUAUACUGAGGCAAUACGGUUUGCUUUCCAUGAAGAGAACAUGGUUCGCACUGCAGUACGUGCCCUAACACUUAAUGUAUAUCAUGUUGGAGAUGAAAGUGUCAACCGAUAUAUCACUAGUGCUCCACAUGCAGAUUAUUUUUCAAAUUUGAUUUCAUUUUUUGGGAAGCAGUGCAAUGGUUUAAAUAAAUUAGUCUCACAAAGUCUUAAAAACCCAUCCCCAGAUUCAACGUCUAUAAUUCUUGCUGCUGUGGAUGAAAUUGAGGACAAUCUUUACUAUUUUAGUGAUAUUAUUUCUGCUGGAAUCCCUGACGUUGGAAAGUUAAUAACAGAUCACAUGUUGCAACUUUUGAUACUUCCAUUGCUGCUCCCGUCUCUACGGAUAAAUGCUGUUGAUGAAAAUGGCAUUGGUGCUGUCACUUGCUUGUAUCUACUUUGUUGCAUCUUGCGCAUUGUUAAAAUCAAAGAUUUGUCAAACAUGAUUGCUGCUGCUCUUUUCUGCUCACCAGAAGCCUACAUUCAGAAUUUUGAAACUAAACAGAAUGGGUAUAUGCCUGGUCAUGAUUUUGUUGGUGAAAGGCAACAGCAAGAUAAUAAUUGUCAGACUGAAGUGGACACUGAAGAUGCUAUAAAGAAGAAUAACUUUAGUUGUUCUGAUUUGACUUUGAGGGAGGCUUUGCUUUCUUAUAUUACUAGUGGAGAUGAUGUACACGUGUUGGGUUCUCUGAGUGUGCUGGCAACAUUAUUGCAAACAAAAGAAUUGGAUGAAUCAAUGCUAGAUGCCCUUGGCAUUCUUCCUCAGCGGAAACAACACAAGAAACUCUUGCUAGAAGCUUUGGUUGGUGAGGUCUCUGGUGAAGAGCAACUUUUUUCAUCAGAAAGUAACAUGCUAAGGGAUGGUAUUGAUAGUGAACUUGAUGGCUAUUUACUUAAGAUGAAGGAACAAUAUGGAGUAUUACAUUCUUCUCUGAAUUUGGGAACAAGCCCUCGUGUAAAUAGACAACAGGUGCUUGAUGCAUUGGUUAGUCUUUUUUGCCGCUCAAAUAUAUCAGCAGAAACACUGUGGGAUGGUGGUUGGCUAUUGCGCCAGUUGCUCCCUUAUAGUGAGGCGGAGUUCAACAGCCAUCAUCUAAAAUUGCUGAAGGAUUCAUACAAGAAUUGCACUAGUGGUCUUCUAAAGGAGAUUAGAGGUGCCUGGUCUGAUCUAAUUAUGACAGUGAUUUGUAAUGAGUGGAAAAAGUGCAAAAGAGUGAUUGAAGCUUCAUCUCCUCAGAAAGAACCCAAAUGCAUACUUAUGCCAUCACAGAAGUCUUCUUUUGAAGAUAAUAUUCCUGGUGAAUCAUCUUUUUCUGCUGGUGAAAGACUCUGCGAGUUGGUGAAGGUGUUUGUACUUCUUCUUCAACUUCAAAUUUUCUCCCUUGGUAGGGCUUUGCCUGACCAACCUCCUAUUUAUCCUCCAUUUGAUGUCCCCGAAAAUUCUCGUGCAAGAAAUGCUGGUGUAGAUAUUUCGGGUCCAAAGCCAGGCACAGAAUUAAAAAUUGUUGAUGCUGUGCCUUGUAGGAUUGCAUUUGAGAAGGGUAGAGAACGUCAUUUUUUCUUUCUAGCAAUCUCUAUGGGCACGUCUGGGUGGGUUGUCCUUGCAGAAGAAACACCUUUGAAGCAGCAGUUCGGGAUUGUUCGUGUAGCUGCACCUUUGGCUGGCUCCAAUCCUAGAAUUGAUGAGAAGCAUACAAGAUGGCUACACAUGCGGAUCCGUCCAUCUAUUUUACCCUUUAUGGAUCCUGCUACAUCUGUUAAAGUGAAAACAAAAGCUUUACUUGAUGGGAGAUGGACCCUAGCAUUCAGGGAUGAAGAAUCUUGCAAAUCUGCUUGUUCUAUGAUAUUGGAUGAGUUGAAUCGACAAAGCAAUGAAUUAGAGAGAAGACUAAGACCAUUAAUAGACCUCGAAAGAGCUUUAGAUUCCCUUGAUAUUUUUCCAGUGUCAUCGGAGGCUUCCUCUUCCAGUAUAAAAGCUUCUAAUUCCUGGUAACUUGCUAACAGGUUUGAGUUUUGCGGCUAGUAGCUUGUUUAAUGCUUGGGGUGGAAUGUAUUUUGUUUUCACCCUUUUGUAUAUGUUUUAAGAGGCAAUCUUAGAUAAUACCUAGAAUUGUAUAUUAGCUCCAUUCAUAUUUCAUUGUAUACUAGCUCUUCUUGCCCUGCCAUGGUCUGUAAUUUAUAUCGGCCAAUUCCAUUCUUUAGCUAUUUCUAACCUAGGCUUUUUUAUUUUUACCCAAUUUUGUAAGUUUUGUAACAUCACUGUAUAUUUGAGGCAAUCCCAUUAGUAAAAGUUUUUGUGCAUUUUUGUUU